CUGGCGAGCAGCACGGGGCAGCCAUUCCGGGGCCAGCCCAGCAGAGCGCCUUCGCCUCGCCCCCCUGCCUCACGGGUGUGCACUAGCUUCCCCGCUUCCCCACUCCUCAAGGUGGAGAAACGAACCCCCUCCCCCCAACACUCACACACUGAUAGAGAUUUAAAAAAAAAAGAAAGGAGAGAGGAGGGGUGGGGGAAGGAAACAACUCAGAGACUCCAAUAGAGAGCGAAAUCUACACCCAGAGCUAGCGACCAGUGCAUGUGUGUGCAGGGAAAACAAUACUCCAAGUUACCUGCCCUGCUCUAGGAGAAGAAGGAGGGUUUGCUGCUGUUCUCUUGCAAACAUCUGCAGACUGGUGCUUUUUUGGAAGUUUUUUUUUUCUUUCUUUCUUUACAAACCACCAACGGAUGUGAGGCAAGGAAGGUGUUUCUUUUUCUCCUAAACUCAGGCACCUCUUGCUGAUUCUUCUGAACCUGCCUGGGUUUUUGUAGUUGUUGUUGUUUGUUUUUGUUUUGCACGAACGUUAACCAAAAAAAAGAAAGAAAAGAGAAAAGGAGUUUGCUUGAUGUUUUAGUGAAAUGGACGUAAGAUUUUAUUCACCACCUCCACCACCACAGCCUGCAGCCACUCCUGAUACCCCUUGUCUGGGACCUUCUCCCUGCCUGGACCCCUACUACUGCAACAAGUUUGACGGUGACAACAUGUAUAUGAGUAUGACAGAGCCGAGCCAGGACUAUGUGCCAGCAAGCCAGUCUUUUCCUGGUCCAAGUCUUGAAAGUGAAGAUUUUAACAUACCUCCCAUAACUCCUCCAUCAUUACCUGACCACUCACUGGUGCACCUGAAUGAGGUAGAGUCUGGGUACCACUCCCUGUGUCACCCAAUGAACCAUAACGGCCUGCUUCCAUUCCAUCCACAAAACAUUGACCUACCUGAAAUUACAGUGUCCAACAUGCUUGGCCAAGAUGGAACACUGCUUUCAAAUUCACUUUCUGUGAUGCAAGAUAUACGGAACACAGAAGGAGCUCAAUAUAGUUCCCACCCUCAGAUGGCAGCCAUGAGACCAAGGGUUCAACCUGCAGAAAUUAGGCAGCCAGGAAUGAUGCAGCAUGGUCAGCUGACUACCAUUAACCAGUCACAGCUCAGUGCUCAGCUUGGCUUGAAUAUGGGUGGAAACAAUGUUCCCCAUAACUCUCCAUCUCCACCUGGAAGCAAGUCUGCAACUCCCUCACCAUCCAGUUCAGUCCAUGAAGAUGAAGGGGAUGAUACCUCUAAGGUCAAUGGAGGAGAGAAACGACCUGCUUCUGAUAUGGGAAAGAAACCCAAAACUCCCAAAAAGAAGAAGAAGAAGGACCCUAAUGAGCCACAGAAGCCUGUGUCUGCCUAUGCAUUAUUCUUCCGAGACACUCAAGCAGCCAUCAAGGGCCAAAACCCAAAUGCUACAUUUGGUGAAGUCUCUAAAAUUGUAGCUUCAAUGUGGGAUGGCUUGGGAGAGGAACAAAAACAGGUAUACAAAAAGAAAACUGAAGCUGCUAAGAAGGAAUAUUUGAAGCAGUUAGCUGCAUACAGAGCAAGCCUUGUAUCCAAGAGCUACAGUGAACCUGUUGAUGUUAAGGCGUCCCAGCCGCCUCAGAUGAUUAAUUCAAAACAGUCAGUGUUCCAUGGGCCCACACAAGCUCAUUCCGCACUGUACCUAAGCUCCCAUUAUCACCAACAAUCCGGAAUUAAUCCGCACAUAACUGCCAUGCACGCUAAUAUCCCCAGGAAUAUUGCACCCAAGCCCAACAACCAAAUGCCAGUGACUGUUUCCAUAGCAAACAUGGCUGUGUCCCCACCUCCACCGCUUCAGAUUAGCCCUCCUCUCCACCAGCAUCUCAACAUACAGCAACACCAGCCAAUUACAAUGCAGCAGUCCAUUGGAAACCAACUCCCAAUGCAGGUCCAGUCUGCUUUACAUUCACCUACAAUGCAGCAAGGAUUUACUCUUCAGCCUGAUUAUCAGAAUAUCAUCAACCCUACAUCUACAGCUGCACAAGUUGUUACCCAAGCAAUGGAGUAUGUUCGUUCAGGGUGCAGAAAUCCUCCAGCACAGACUGUGGACUGGAAUAAUGACUACUGCAGUAAUGGGGGCAUGCAGAGGGACAAAGCACUGUACCUUACCUGAAAAUCUGGAAAACCUCUCCUUUCCGUUGAGGAUUGCAGGGAAGUCUUUUCAUCAUGGAUUGCUUUAUGCAGUCAAGGCAGUUCUGCAUUUUAUUAGAAAAUACAAGUUGCUAAGCACUUAGGACUAUUUGAGCUUGUGGGUCACCCACUCUGGAAAAAAAUAGUCUUGCUUCUUUCUUUCUUUUUUUAUUUUAUUUUAUUUUUUUUCUCAGAGAUCCUUUAACGGACAUUGUUUUUCUUCUUUCCUGAAGGAAAAUUGGACUACUCAGAUUUUAUGUUGGUUUUUGCUGUGAAGUGCUGCGCUAGUAACUGCCUUAGCAACUGUAGAUAAAAGUCCUGGAUUUUCCAUUGGUUUUCAUAAUGGGUGUUUAUAUGAAACUACUAAAGACUUUUUAAAUGGCUUGAUGUAGCAGUCAUAGCAAGUUUGUAAAUAGCAUCCAUGUUACACUCUCCUAGAGUAUAAAAUGUGAAUGUUUUUGUAGCUAAUUGUAAUUGAAACUGGCUCACAAUAGGGGUUAAAUUGGCAAACAUUCAUAUUUUUACUUCAUUUUUAAACAACUGACUAAUAGUUUUAUAUUUUCAAAGUAUUUGGAAAAAAUAGUGUUCCCAAAUGAUGUUAAUUAAAAAUAUUGGCUUUGUCUCAUUAAAUAGAUAAAAGGGUGAAAAAAAAACUUGUCUUGGGAAAGAGCACAAACACAUUUAUUUUAUACUGCCUAAAAAUGCUUUUUUUUAAAAAAUCACUUUACGCGUAAUGGUUAGUAAACAUCAUUUAAGUCCUUUUAUGUAUAAAACUGCCAAAUGCUUACCUGAUAUUUUAUUAGAUGCAGAAACAGAUUGGAGACAGCUAAAUUAUAACCUUUACAUAUGGCUAUGUAUUAUUGUUUCUUCAUACUGUGUCUGUAUUUAAUCUUUUUUUAAUGGAACUGUUGCGCCUAUUUAUGAAAUAAUAAAUAUAGGUGUUUGUAA